ACUCUUCCUUACAACGACGGCCUAGCUGAUGAUCUGUAUCUCCCUCCUACUGUCCCACGUCUUGAUUUUUAUGAAUCUUUAGAUUUCUGAAGCCUAUAUUGAAAGCAAGAACUAGAAAAACAACUAGAGAACAAUGUUCAGAUUGCCCAAGAACAGACACUCUAAAUCAGGGGACAGGGUUGAUUUCAGGUUCUCUCAAUUCAAACUACUUCAGGUUCCUAAAGGAUGGGACAGGUUGUUUUUGUCUGUGGUCUCUGUGGAGACAGGGAAGGCAAUUGGAAAAACUGGAAAAUCACUGGCGAAAAAUGGGAUCUGUCAGUGGUCGGAGACUCUGACAGAAUCUAUCUGGGUUUCGCAGGAUGAGUCUUCAAAAGAAAUGGAGGAUUGUUUAUUCAAAUUUGUUGUUGCGGCGAUUCCAGGAGAUCACCUCAAUGGGGAGGACAUUCUUGUGUUGCUUAUUAGUCAAUUUCUAGAUAUAAGAUCUGGUGUUCUUGGAGAGGCAACCCUCAACAUGACAGGUUAUAUGAGCUCAAGUGUUGCUGUUUCGGUUUCAUUGCCAUUGAAAAAAGGCAAUCUUGGAACAACAUUGCAAGUCAAAAUUCAGUGCCUGACACCAAGAACAAAACUCAGCGAUGAUAAGUCUGGCAGAACAAAUUCCAUUAAGAAUAGUAACAAUGUGGACUCUCAUGACGUGGACAUAAACUCAGAUGAGCCAGAGACAGAGAGUAUAGACAGGAGCAUUGAAUCUUCUUCUCCUAAAGAGUUAGAUUCCAUGGCACAUCAAAGAGAACUUGAGACUAAGCAGGAAGCAAGUUUCUCCGCUUCAGCUUCAUUUCAGAGUUAUGACUCAGUAGGCAGUUCAAUAGGGAGGGAAAAUUUCUCCCAAGAAGACAACUUAAGUAGUGUCAAGCACAACUUGAUAUGGAGAGAAGAUUCAACCAGCUCUGAUAACAGUGUACCUCGCAGUGGAAUUAAUCUUGAUGAUCCAUCUGAAUUUGAUCACUCAUCAUUUGAUUCAAGGACUAUGAGUGCAGAAAACAAGUCUCAGGUUAACCAGCAAGAACUUUCCACUUCUUCUUUGAGAAUCACAGGUUCUUCCAAGAACCUUCUUGAAGCUGCAGAAGAGACAAUAGAAGAGCUUCAUGGAGAAGCAAGGAUGUGGGAGAGGAAUGCACAGAAGCUAAAGUUUGAUUUGGACAUGCUGAGAAGGGAGUACUCUGAUCAGUCCAAAAGUAAGGAAAAUUUGGAUAUGGAGCUGUCAGCAGCAAAUGCAGAAUGCACUGUACUGAGGAAGGAAGUUGAAAGACUGACGCUGUUGUUGGGGAAUUCAGUUCUGAAUCAAACAGAUUUGGAGGGUUCAAUACUUCAAGAUGAAGGUGUAAAAGAUGUUGAAAAGGAGUUGGAAAAUGAAAUUAAGUUUCUGAAAGAAUCCAAUGCUAAUCUGGCUUUGCAGUUGCAGAGGAGUCAAGAUGCAAACAUUGAGCUUGUUUCUGUUCUUCAGGAGCUUGAAGAGACGAUAGAAAAGCAAAAACUGGAGAUAGAGAAUCUUUCUGCAUUGCAGUCACAAUGCAGCCAAUUGGAAAACCCUAUCCAACUGGAUGUAGAUGAAACCAGCAAGUUGAUCCAGAUGAAACAUUUACAAGAAUCAGAGAAGAAUUUGCAAGCUAAGGUGCAACUUCUUGAGCAGGCCUUGGAGGAAAAGGAGGCUGAUAUAGAGAAAGCAGCAAGACUGAACAAGCAGACACUUUCAGAUAUUGAGGAAGAAUACAAGAGCCAGUUAUCAGCUAAAGAAAGAGGAAUUGUCAGUUUGAAAGCAAAGUUAUCUGAGUCUCUCAAGGAAAGAUGUUCUGCAGAAAUGGAGUCUAAAACAGGAGGUGACGCAGACCUGGUCAGAGAAAAUGAAGCCUUGAAAGCCAAACUGGAGGAGUUAGAAAAGGAUUGCAAUGAGCUGACGGAGGAAAACCUUGAUCUUUUAUUCAAACUCAAGGAAACUAAGAACAAGUUCAUGCAGGGAACAACUGAUCUUGCAUCUGUUGAGUUUUUGCCUGAAUGUUCUACUUGCACCAUCUCAAAAGAGAGUGAACAUGAGUGUCGAAUGAAUUUUCUAAAAGAGAAGACGGAAAGGAAAGUUCCAGGGGAGAAUGAAAUUGAUUAUGCUCAUUAUAUUAAAGAACUCGAAAGUUUGAAAAUGCAAAUGGAAGUUGAAGUAAGAGAACUGGGUGAGGAGUUGAUUCAAAGAGGAACUGAGAUACAAAGACUUGAGGCCAAUUUGCAGUCCAAGGAGGAAGAGAAUGGGGUACUUAGAGCACAGAAAAGUGAAUUAGAAGCUAAGGUGUAUGAUCUCCAAAUAGAAAAUUGCCAGUUAGAAGAUGAGAUGGAGGCUGUCACGAGAGAAAGCGGUAUUGCAACGAACUGGUUGGGUGAUAUGCAAAAUGAUCUAAUGGUGCGGAGUGAUAGCAUGGACUCCCAUGUUUCUGCUAAUAAAAUUCUCCAGGGGAGUUCUUUGGAGCUAGAAAGUGUAAAAAGUGAACUUGAGUCACGUUUAUCAUGGCUGGAACGUGAAAAUAUGCAGUUGGUACUGAGCAGAUCUGACCUGGAAGCUCAAAUAAGGGAUUUGAAAGAUGAGAGGGAUUCAGCUGAAAUGCGACUAGAGAAUUCAAAUACUCUUGCUUUAAGACUCAAGGAUGAGAUUGCAAGAACUAGAAAUGCGAUGGAGUCUCAAGAAGUAGAUAUGAAACAACAGCUGCAGGAGAUGCAUAACCAGUUGUUAGAAACUCGAGAUCAGUGUGAAUAUCUGAGAACAGAAAAUUCUAAGUUGCAUGCCUUUGCUGAGUCUCUCACUGAAGAAUGCAAUUCUCUUAAGAGGUCAAAUGAAGGGUUGAGGAAGCAAAAUAUGGCAUUGAAUGAGAAAUGUGCUGCCUUGGAGACCGAACUAAUGCAGUCAACUGGAAGAGUAGCUGAUUGCUCCAAAAAAGUUGAGGUUUUAGAAGAAAGACUUUAUUUGGUGCUGGAAGAUUUUUCUUCCAAGGAGAACAAUCUAACUUUGGAAUUAGAUGCAAUUCUUGAUAAAAACAGGAAACUUGAGGAGAAACUUAAGAUGGAAGAAAGCUCCUGGAAUCAGAUGCAUUUGAAGAAGACAGAUGAAGUGGAGAAUCUUCAACAAGAAUUAGAAAGCCUGACCAAGCAACUCACUCAAUUGUGGCAUGAAAAGGAGAGAAUAGCCUGUGAUGCUGAGCAUGAAAUAUCCAUUUUACAUGCUGAUAAAGUUAAACUGGAGUCUGAUCUUCAAGCAGCUGAAUCUAAACUGAAAUGGACUGAUCUUGAGUUCAAGAAUAUGCAAGUAGAAUCUGAAGGAAAACUGAAAGGCCUGAUGGGUGAGCUUUCAGCCUCCAGAGAAACCCAGGAAGCGCUGAUGGCUAACCAUGCAAGAGUUUUGAAGUUGUUGGAGAAUUACAAGUCAAGUGAAGAAAAACUUAAAACCAUCUUGAAUGGUCUUGAACUAGAGCUUACAGUCUCUGAAUAUGAACGUAAAAAACUAACCGAAGAAUCUAGUAAUGUGAAUGUUCAGCUGCUAAAGGUAGAACUUCUCCGAGAUGAAGUUUUGGCUCUCAGGGAUGAGCUCAAUGCAGCCAAUUCUAACAAAGAGGAACUGGAAGCUUCUCUGCAUCUAAUAUCCAGAGAACUUGAAGAUUUGAAGGCAGAGAGAACUUUCUUCUUGGAGCAGAUUUCUGCCUCAGAAAAGGCAAUAUCUGAAUUAAAGGACCAUAAACACAGUAAAGAAGCCUUAGAAGAAAAGCUUCUGGAGAUGGAGGCUAAUCUAAUGGCUAAAGAGGCAUUAUUUCUGAAGCAUGCUGAGGUUAAGAUUGAGCUUGGCCAGAUGAAGAAGGCAAAUCGACACUUGCAAAAUAAGAUACAGCAACUUGAGGAGGAGAAAAAUAAGCUUAUUAGAAGAACUCAAACUGUUGAAGAAGAAAUGAAGUUUAUAAAGGCAGAAAAACAGAAUCAGAGGAAGGAACCAGAGACUGCAUCUAUGCCAUCACUAGAGGCAGAAUUAAGAGACAUCCAACAACGUUAUCUUGAAAUGAGCCUCAAAUAUGCAGAGGUAGAAUGUCAGCGUGAAGAACUCGUCAUGAAGCUUAAAGGAAACAAGAAUGUCAGAUGGUUCUCCUCCCCUUCAAAUUAGGCCCCAUUUCAACAACUUAAAUAAAGUAACUCAUUUCCACUAACUUCUUAGAAUGUUCAAAUUUGCAUUCAUUUUCAAGAAAAAAAUAUGUUUCCUAAGGAGAAAAACAAGCAAUAUUAUGCUGUUCUGAGCUUAUAAGUAAGGUGACACUAAGGAUUGGCUGAUGCCUGAUGCAACAUAAAUUUCCUCUGUCUAG